AUGAAGGACCCCUUCUUCAUCGAGCCACUACCAUGGCUUGUCAAGGCGACACAGCCUUUGGCUGACUACUUCUCGCUCCCGACUCUGCCGAUACACGUUCACGAGGUCUUCGCCUCCGCCUUGCUGUACUCAGUCAUAUACUAUCCAAUUUCGCCACUACUGUCACGUUUGAUCGUUGGCCGCAAAUACCUCGACCUUCCCCGGAAGAGAAGGAUCAAUUGGGAUGCUCACGUUGUCUCUCUCGUCCAGAGCACUCUUAUAAACGCCCUGGCCCUUUGGGUCAUGUUUGUGGAUGAGGAGCGCAGCCAGAUGGACUGGCAAGCGCGUAUGUGGGGAUACACUGGUGCCGCUGGUAUGAUCCAGGGCCUCGCUGCUGGCUACUUUCUUUGGGACCUAGUGGUAACGAGCUGCAACAUGGACGUCUUUGGCUUUGGCACAUUGGCUCAUGCCAUCAGCGCCCUAUUUGUCUACUCGCUAGGAUUCCGACCUUUUCUCAACUACUACGGCUGUGUUUUCAUCCUUUGGGAACUGUCAACGCCCUUCCUCAACAUCCAUUGGUUUUUCGACAAGCUAGGAAUGACUGGGUCCCGCGCGCAAUUGUACAACGGCUUGAUGCUUCUAUUCACUUUUUUUUCCUGCCGUCUUGUCUACGGAACAUACCAAUCGGUUAAGGUGUUUUCGGAUAUUUACGCCGCCAUCAACGCUCACCCUGUACUGCCCAAGGAGAUAUCCCCAGAAACGGGCGCCAUUCUUGCUCCGACAGGCGUGAUGAGAUUUGCGACAGAUGCGUCGACUGUUCCGACGUGGCUGGCAGUGACGUACCUGAUCAGCAACCUGACCCUCAACAGCCUUAACUUCUACUGGUUCGUCAUGAUGAUUCACGCGGUUCGCAAGAGGUUCCAGCCGGCCAAGUCGACAGACAAGGCAGCUCAAAUCGAGCCUUCGUCUACAAAGGUUACCGCGCGAUCUGGGCAAACCCCCGUUCGUCGGCGCAAAGCAUAA